UUUACUCGUAAGGCCACAUUAUACUUGCAUCAGAUUUAGAUAUUUCGAGAAAGUCCAAACAGGUAUAAAUAAUCGCCGCGCACCCUAGUCUUCAUUUAUAAAAUGUAUCGCGCACGAAGUGUUGUACCGCGGCUCUGUCGCCAUGUACAGGCCGUAGCUCGUCAGCCAUUAUGUUGUCAAUCCAACAUCCCCAAAAAUUCCUUCUUCCGACCGAAGACAUGCAGGGACCCAUGGGACAGUAAUUUUAACAGGGGACAUUCAUUUGACAAACAUUUCCGUUCCAUUUUGGAUGAGAUGGGUCAGAUGACGAGGCUCGCCUUUGGCGAAAUUGUCGAUGAGAUCCCAAGACGGGGGCGACACGUUUUGGCAAGGUCUGAGGCAGCCGAGUUGAAGGUUGACAAAAAGGCAUUUUCAUUGAAAAUGAAUAUGCGAGACUUUGAACAAAAGAACGUGAUGAUUAAAAUCGAUAAAGACCGACUUGUUAUCUCGGCAAAGCAGGAGAAUGCAGAGAACAGUGGAUGUGUCUCAAGGGAGAUAACUCGAGAAUUCCUUAUCCCGGAGAAUAUUGACACUGAAACGAUGAAUGCAGUAGUCACAGAUGACGGUCUACUGAUGGUAAGAGGUCGGAUCAAAGGUGUCACUGAGGAAAUGGAAAAGGUCAUCGAAAUCGACCGGCAGCCGUAACAGCUUUGUGCAAGACGAUCACUUUUAUACUUUACAUUAACCGGAGUUUCUAUUGUUGUCAAUUAGAAAUGUUGAACAUUUGGAGAAAGAAGACUGAUUCAAUACUUUUCUUUAUAUCUGUUGCAUGAUAAGUAUUAAAUAAAUAUUUUUUCUUCUUUGCUUUCCUUCAUACACAAAUUUUAAAAAUGCACACGGUCCCAUCAUUAUUUUAUUCGUAUACAAAAAUUUGUAUGCCUACACUUCGAAAUAGAUCUUGUACCUUAAACGAUGAUGUUUAAGACUAAAAAAAUGUGCUUUUUUUAUAAAUGUAUGCAAGCAUUUGUAAUUAGACUAAACGUCUUUUUACAGACAAAGACAAUUGGGUUCCUUCAUAAAUAUCUUUAUAAAAACGUAUGCUAAUGCGGAACCAAAUUGAAAACUCUUGUAAAUUGUUUUGAUCUGAUAUUGUAGCACAUACUCAUAAUUUAACAAUAGUACACAGUCAUAGAAUGGGUAUGAGGGAAAUAGAAUGGUCCCCGGGGUGAUAAUUUAUAAACUCAUAAAUUCAUGAGGGAGUCGUCCUGUUUCUUGCAGAAAGUAGUCCUAUUUUGAGGAGGGAGUAGCCCUCAGAUGGAGAGAUUCAAACGAUGUUAGGGAAAUAAGAGAUGUUAUUGUAUUGUUUUUAUAUAGGUUUUCCAAGUCCGUAUACCUUCGACGACCACAGCCUCCUUCAGUUUUCACUCAGUGCGCUCGCUUGUAGAACGUUAAAACAGUCCUGCUCCUGGUAUUUUCGGAUUAUGUCACAUUCCGUUAUCUUCGAGAUGAUCGGUGUGGUAAUUUUUGUUAUAUUUACUGAAUGUUAGUUGGCAUUGCAACACAAUGGUGGACCAGACUUAGACACGUUAACAACUUCAUCUUGGCAACGAAACGCUUGGAAGAGUAGCCGAUUUCCGGCUUCCCUUUAGGUCUGUCCCUGAGCUAGGUAUAACCCUCGACUCGUCCAGAUGAUGUGUGUUAGUCUCUGCCUCACGUAACAGCAGUAUGACAGUAUCUCAUACACCAUCUGUUUUAAAACUGAUAUGCUGCUUACCAAUAACACAUAUUUACAUGUACAUCAAUAAAGUAACAAAAUCAGUGUAUUGGGAUCACAAUAUGGAUGGCUUUUCGUUAAAACUUGCGCUUGGACAUACAAUCAUAUUUUUAUUCUCGGACGCUAAAUCCGGGGCACCUGAUUACAUGCUUUCGUUGUUCUUUUUCAAUGGUCUCCAUGGAAAUUGUUUCAUCGUUUUAAGUUCGAGUUACGGUGUUGUUAACACUUCAGUAUUGUCGUGUUAUUUUUCAUAUAAGUUGACUGUUUUCCUUUGUUGCUUUACAUGUACAGAAUAUUCUGUUAUUGGUAAAAUUAAUAACUCUAAAGUUAUAUCGUUUUCCGUCGUCAUCAGACACGUGCUGUCGUCACGAUAAAGUGUUAUACACUGGUGAUCCCGCGACCGUAUCGCUAGCCAUGCUUAUUAACAUUUUGACGGCAUGUUGAAUGAAAAGUCGAA